CUGUUCACGGGUUUAUUAUGUAAAAUUUUUGUUAUUUAAAUAAAUUUCUUGGUAUUUCUCGAGUACAUAACUUCGUCAGACGUCAGUCGUACAGAAGAAGAAUAGGUGUAUAUUAAGGACUAUAAAGUUGUGAAGAUUGUGUCUUAAUCAUCAGCUAAUCCAACAUGAAUCGUUCAUUUGCAAAAAUUUUGCCUGUCAAACAUUUGAAAAUCAACAAUUCUCAGAAAUAUUCGACUACUGUAGUGAAGUACAAGAUACUUGGAAGCUAUCUUUGUCGCCAAUUCAUUUAGGCACAUUAACUUGCAGUGCUAGGAAUAAGGACGGUGUAUUCACUAAACUGAAAUAUAUCCGCCAGCAUGAGUGAUGCAGUAAAAGAUUUGGGGGCCGUUCCAAACGAAGCUUUGCGGUUUGCGUUCUCUAAAGCCGGCUUUUCACUUGCAGUUAGUUGCAAGGAAGCUGUUAUUCCACCUUUGGGGAGGACUUUUGUAUCUAUCUACGGCAUUUACAAGCUUAGUAAAAUCUUUCAACCUGCUAUAAUGUAUAUACUUCAAAAAAUAUUCAAUAAAGACUCCAGUGAAAAUUCAUCGAAUGGUCCUAGUAAUGAAGUCAGUAAUGUGCGAGAAGGCUCCUUUGCGUUUGAUCUUUCCUGCUUCACUGAAGACCAAUUCAAGGAAGUUUGGGAAGAUUAUCAAUCAGGAGGACUACUGCAACGAUUUCAAGAUGAGUUUGAAGCACAUGACAUUAAAGUAGAAGGCUUACAAGUUGAGAUCAAAAAUUUAAAGGAAGUGAAGGAAAAAAUGGAGAUCAUAUACUGUAGAUCUCGUAACACGAAAUCAGAAAACCCGUCUUGUGGAAUGCAGCAAGAUGAAUCUGAGGCAGAACUCGUUAAAAUAUCAAGGAGACGGGAUGAUACUAAAAAAGAAGUUUCUAACACGAGAUCAGAAAGCCCCUUUUGUGGAAUACGGGAAUCUGAGGCUGAACUCGUUAAAAUGUCAAGAAAACUGGAUAAUAUUGAAGAAAAUCAGCUCGAGAUAAAGAGUAUAAUUCGCGAGAUACGACAAAACGUUGUAUCGACACCUGCCAGACUAUCUCGAUCUGAAAGUUUUGGCCUUAAUUACGAUAUCAUCGUUUGGGGUGGCCGAGGUACCGACGAGUCAGAUAUAAAUGUGGUUGAAAAAUUAUCACUAAACGAGAGUGGCGCCACGUGGGAGAUUUUGCCAAAACUAAAAAGUGCUACGUACCACAGUACGGCUGUCGUGAUUGAUUCAAUCAUUUACGUCAUUGGAGGCUCAGACAUUAUUGAAUAUCUGGACUAUAAUGGUAAAUCUCAGGAGUGGAAGAUGUCGAACGUUAAGUUGCCUUUUGCAGUUAACCGCCAGACAACAGUUAUGCAUAAUGGGAAAAUUAUCCUGAUUGGUGGAUAUAAUAAAGAUGAAGAAACAUUUUCUAAAGAAAUUAUGGAAAUAUCUCUGUCUGAACCUUACCAAUGUAAACCACUCUGUGACUUACCCAAGGCAAUUGGCAAUCAUGGUUCAGAAAAGGUUGACGACAAGGUUUUUAUUUUUGGUGGGAAAGAUGAAAAAAAAACCUAUGAUGACGUCGUACUAUUUGAUCUUGCCACAAACAAAUGUGAGAUCAUCUCAAAAUUGAAGCGUCCAUUACGAUCCAUGGGCACUGUUCGCUGUGAACACAAAAUCAUGCUUAUUGGUGGUAAAAAUGAGAAUGGUUUUUCGCAUGAAGUCUUUGAAUUUGACAUUAAAACGAACGUGAUUACUUCGUUACCUCGCCUUAAUAACGCAAGACGUGGAUGCGCAGCAGUCGCAAACGGUGAUGAGAUCAUUGUUAUGGGGGGAUUGGGUCGUAAAGGACCAACCAGAUCCGUCAAGUCAUACAACCUAAAAGAGAAAAUCUGGCGACCAAUGUCAUCUUUGAAGAAAGCUCGUGGUCAUACAGUUGCCGUGAUUUGUACAACGCCAAAUUCUAAGAAUGCACGUCGGUCAUCAGAUUCUAUAGACUUAGGAUGUGCUCAAUUGGAGAAUAGUUUAACAUAAUCAUUAAUGACAUGUUUACAAGGAUGUCAUGAACUUUUUUACAUCCGAAUUCUUUCUUAUACGCACAGCUACUUGCUCUCAUUUUCAAUUAUUUCCUUUCUAUAAAUCAUUAGUUGAAUUUGUAUCGUACAUUGUAGUAAUCAUAAUUCCUUCUAGACAGGUUGAACUAUAACUAUAAAUUACAACUAUACUCAAAAUGGUAAUAGAAAAUAAAUUCAAUCAACUGGCAUUGUAAAAACCUUAAAAACACACUAGACAACUAUAUUUUACCCUGAUCCUCAAUCACGGUAAACCUAACCCUUACGCCUAACGCUGUAACUAACUUGUUUUCACGUAAAGAAUGUGAAGGACUUCUCCGGUAAAAAAAAUUCUCAUGAUAAAGAAUAGUCAAUAUUUUUAAAUAUCUGAAGAUUGAUAAAAGUUUAGGCAUUGACAGUACUGGUAAAAGAAACAUGUUAAAAAACUA